AUGGCGCGCAUCAAGAAGAAGGGACAGGCCGGUGCGGCCAAGAACUUCAUCACGCGCAACCAGGCGAUCAAGAAGCUGCAGCUCAGCCUUCCCGACUUCCGAAAGCUCUGCAUCUGGAAGGGAAUCUACCCUCGCGAGCCGCGCAGCAAGAAGAAGGUGUCCAAGUCGUCCACCGCCUCGACGACCUUUUACUACACAAAGGACAUCCAGUAUCUCCUCCACGAGCCGCUGGUGCAAAAGUUCCGCGACCACAAGGUCCUCGAGAAGAAGAUUUCAAGAGCAUUGGGCCGAGGCGAUGUCAGCGAUGCCGCCAGACUCGAGAGCAACGCCAGCCGGCCCGACAAGACCGGAAAGCCGACCUACACGCUGGACCACGUCGUCCGCGAGCGCUACCCGACGUUUGUCGACGCAUUGAGGGACCUGGACGACUGUCUCUCCAUGCUCUUCCUCUUUGCGAACCUGCCGUCGACCACCCAGGUUCCCGCCAAGAUGAUUGCCCGCUGCGAGCGAUUGUGCCUCGAGUUCCAGCACUAUCUCAUCGUCUCCAAGAGCCUCACCAAGUCCUUCCUGUCCAUCAAGGGUAUCUACUAUCAGGCCAACAUCCAGGGCGAGGAGGUUCUGUGGCUGGUCCCUUACAAGUUCAACCAGAGAAUCGUCGGCGAUGUCGACUUCCGCAUCAUGGGAACCUUUAUCGAGUUCUACAUGACACUUCUCGGCUUCGUCAACUUCAGACUCUAUACCUCAAUUGGCCUCAAGUACCCGCCCAAGUUUGAUGCCGUCAAGGAUGAGAAUGCUGCCGAGUUGGGAGCCUUCACACUGGAGGGCAAGACUCUGGUUGGUGGCGAGGAGCAGAAGAAGCUGGAGGACGUUGCGCACAAGCCGGACCCCAAGGUUCAGGCUGCCGUCAACAAAGUCUUGAAGAGCAUGUCAAACGGAGAGGCCAAUGGCGCUGCUACUGAUGAUGCCGCACCUGCAGACAGCGAGGAGGCAGAGCAAGACGCCGAUGGUGCCAUUGACAAGUUUGAGCCUGCUGCUCCGGGCGGCGACAUCCUGCCUCAGCCGUCAUACACCGGCAACAGCCCCAACACUCUCUUCUCCAACUUUACAGUCUACCUGUCCCGAGAGACUCCUCGCCAGCCGCUCGAGUUUAUCCUCAAGUCGUUCGGCUGCAAGCGUGUUGGCUGGGAUGCUGUGCUUGGCGCCGGCGCUUUCACAACAGACGAGCUCGACCCCUCAAUCACCCACCAGAUCGUCGACCGACCUCCGAUACAAGCUUCGAUGAACGAGGACGGCGAUGGUGAGGACAACCAAACAGCACAGAAGCUGGCGGCCAACCGACGUGUUCCUGGCAGGAUAUACGUUCAGCCCCAGUGGGUCUGGGACUCCAUCAACGAUGGUGAGCUGAAGGAGCCUCAUCUGUACGCACCGGGUGCAGCAUUGCCGCCCCAUCUGAGCCCCUUUGUCAGAAAGGUCCAGGGAGCCUACGACCCGACAAUGACUCUUGAGGAGCAAGAGCCCGAACAUGAGGCGAUUGAGAAUGGUGACGACGAUGAGGAAGCUGACGCGGAUGAGACCGUUGAGGGUAUGGAUGUCGCAGAGUCAGAUGAGGAUGAGGAGGGUGAGGAGGCAGAGGACGAUGAGGAUGAGGUCGACGAAGAUGAAGACGAGGAGGAAGAGGAGGAGGAUGAGGACGAGGCCCUGCAGCGACAGAUUGAGCUGGAAGCUGAAAUGUCCGGCAAGACGGUCCAGUCAAAGGCUGCCAACCCGAAGACCAAGGCCAAGGAGGAAGCCCGAAAGGCGCUUGCCAAGAAGGCCCGCGAAGAGGCCGAGGACUUGGAGCGAGCCAAGGGCAUGCUGAGCAAGAAGAAGAGAAAGCUGUUUGAGCAGAUGCAGUACACAAACAACAAGAAGAGCGCAGAGGAUGCCAAGCUGCGCUCCAAGAGGAGAAAGCUGGAGAAGGAACAGGCCAAGAGCAAGGCGUAAUUGUUGGGGAUUUUCUGUUUAAUAUACUCGUAAAUAUAGGAUCAACGGCGUACCUGCGAUGAAAAUAAAAUGGGUUUUUU